AUGCUCUUCUUACUCCUCAUUACUCUUUCCAAACGUGCGACGGCUCCCCAACCUACCAGGAGGAAUAUCGAGAUAGCAGCUACGUACCAAAUUUUAUCGAAACACCACUUGGCUUCCAGAUUGUCGCACCAGCUACUCCAUAUGUCGCAGCAGCCGGAAGAGACUAACUAUACUUUGUCGACACCCGCUUCGAUACAUAUCAAGAAUCAAAUUGAGAGAGCAACUAUACCAAUCCCAGACGAGUACACCGCUAUAGACGAGAUUACGGCCACCGCAGAAAAGAGAAAUCGAAAAACCGGCGAAACGACAUUUGUAUUCGACCCUCCCUACGCUAGGGUUUUGUUUGCCAAGGGGAUAAACAAGCGUAAUACUGAACUCAAAUUACCUGAGCAUGAGCCUGCUGGCGAUUGGUUAGUAAGCUACGAUCUGGAUAAGGUAUCAGGCAAUAACUUAACAAACCGGGUCACUAAACGGGUCGUAUGCUCGAAUUUUGGAUGCUACACCGACGCCCACUGUCGUGUACCCUCUGCCAUGAAUAGAGUCGAUAACGAAUGUGACGCGGGACGCAAUGUCAAUGCUAUUGGGUCAUGCAUUCGGCUUUGUACGAAGGCUGUCGACACACCAAAGGAAGAUGGUGAAACGGAUGCCAGCUACUAUGAACGGAUGGACAAGUUGCACUGGCAUUAA